AUAUCCGCCGGAGUUUUCUCUACUUCGUUCUUUUUUUUCAAAACGCUCGGGAGGAUUUACCAGAGGGCAGGGGAAGAAAGUCAGUGGAAGCAGACACUGUGAGAGGAAUGGAAAUAGACAUUUGCUGAAAGCUAUCUAUGUUUUCAUCACACCGAGGAAUCUUCAAGAUUUUGUUUAAUCAGUGCCUGUUGAACCAGUAAACUGUAAGAUACACCAAGAUCUGUUCAACUGCAAUUGAGAAUGGCUUCUAUAGACCCAUAUUCUCACAUAAUAGUUGAACAUCAGGUUUCUCACAGAUUAACUGUGUCUGUGCUAAGAGCUGAGAAAGUAACAAAGGGAACUUUUGGAGAUCUACUUGACACUCCUGACCCUUACAUUGAAUUGUUCAUCGCCACGGCACCAGAGGGCCGCAAACGCACCAAGUACCUCAACAACAUUGUCAACCCAGAAUGGAAUGAGACAUUUGAAUUUCUUCUUGACCCCAAUGAGAAGAAUAUUAUGGAGAUUACUUUAAUGGAUGCAAAUUAUGUGAUGGAUGAAACUUUGGGCACUACCUCAUUCAAUAUUGGAGAGAACAUCAAAAUAGGAGAAAAGAAGGAGUUUUCAUUCGUCUUCAAUAAUGUGACUACUGUCUUUUUGGACAUGUACUUAGAAGUUUGUUCUUCAGCUGAUCUGAGAUUCAGUAUGGCACUGUGCAAUGAGGAGAAGUCAUUCAGACAGACGAGAAGAGAUAAAGCCAUGCAAGGAAUUAAGAAGCUCUUAGGUCCAACAAAUUCCAUGAAUGCACCACAAUCAAUACGGGAGGUACCAACAAUAGCUAUUCUGGGUUCAGGAGGAGGCUUUAGAGCGAUGGUUGGGUUUGCUGGUGUUAUGAAGGCAUUGAUGGAAUCUGGAGUUUUUGAUUGUGCAACUUAUGUCGCAGGGCUCUCUGGUUCCACUUGGUACAUGUCAACAUUGUAUUCUCACCCUGACUUCCCAACAAAAGGACCCGGCGAAAUCAACAAAGAGCUGAUGGAAAGUGUCAGUUAUAGUCCAAUGUACCUGCUGACCCCUUUGAGGAUCAGACGUUACAUUGAGGCACUGUGGAAGAAGAAGAGGUCAGGGCAACCUGUCACCUUUACUGAUGUGUUUGGGAUGCUCAUUGGUGAAACGCUGAUUCAAAAUAGAAUGAACUCUAAGAUGAGUGAGAUGAAGGAUAAAAUAAAUGAUGGUCUUUGUCCCAUGCCCUUGUUCACCUGUCUUCAUGUAAAACCGGAUGUGUCUGAGCUUAUGUUUGCCGAUUGGGUGGAGUUCAGUCCAUAUGAGAUUGGAAUGGCAAAAUACGGGACCUUCAUGCACCCUGCAAUCUUUGGCAGCAAAUUCUUUAUGGGAACAGUGGUGAAGAGAUAUGAUGAGAAUCCACUUCAUUUCUUAAUGGGUGUUUGGGGUAGUGCUUUUUCGAUUUUAUUCAACCGAGUACUUGGAGUUACCAGUUCCAACAAUCAAAGCUCCACCACUAUGGAGGAAGAGCUAGCACAAAUUCAAGCCAAGCAUUUAAUAGGAAACGACAGCUCCGAUAGUGAUGAUGAAUCCCAACCCAAAGAGGACAGAAUCGGUAGUGAAGCAGCUGAUAUGGAAGAGGAGAUCCAGAGAAAUAACCAGGAUAGCUGGGUACAGAGGAUGUUAAAGACUCUGUUCAGCGACACUGCACUCUUCAACACGCGAGAAGGCCGUGCAGGCAAAGUGCAUAACUUCAUGCUGGGUCUCAAUCUAAACACAUCAUUCCCACUCUCUCCUCUCUGUGACCUCAUGACGCAAGAGGAAGAUGAAGAAGAAGUUGUCACAGACCCAGAUGAAUUUGAAAGGAUUUAUGAACCACUUGAUGUGAAAAGUAAGAAAAUUCAUGUGGUGGACAGCGGGCUCACUUUCAACCUCCCCUACCCAUUAAUACUGAGGCCCCAACGUGCUAUUGAUCUUAUCAUCUCCUUCGAUUUUUCUGCCAGGCCAAGUGACUCCAGCCCACCUUUUAAGGAGCUCCUCCUUGCAGAGAAGUGGGCAAGAAUGAACAAGCUGCCAUUUCCUAAGAUUGACACCAAGGUUUUUGACCGAGAAGGAUUAAAAGAGUGUUAUGUCUUCAAACCUAAAAACCCAAUGAUAGAGAAGGACUGUCCGACCAUCAUCCACUUUGUACUGGCAAACAUCAACUUUAGGCAUUAUAAGGCACCAGGUGUUAAAAGAGAGAGCGAGAAAGAAAUGGAGAAUAUGGACUUUGACAUCUUUGAUGAUGCUGAUUCCCCAUAUUCUACUUUCAACUUCCAGUAUUCCAAUAAGGCAUUUACACUGCUUCAUGACCUAAUGGAGUUCAACACGCUUAACAAUAUUGAGUUGAUUAAAGAUGCCAUAAUCGAGAGCAUUAAGUACAGACGACAGAAUCCAUCUCGCUGCUCUGUAUCCCUCAGUGACGUAGAAUACAGAAGAUUGAAAAAGUCACUUAGUUUUGAUGGGCUGCAGUCCAGGAGGAAGCGACAUGCUGCAGAGGAACAACAUAAACCAAUUUAGCAGCAACAUCACCACAGGAGGAGACUGGCAUUUCCAGAGACUGGCAGUCAAAUCUUAACUACCUAAGGCCACAAUAUUCACUCCUUGGAUUGGACUACACAUUGGAUCUUACGUAAUACCCUGACCGCGAUCAGCGUAUCAAAAUAAUAACAAAACAAAAGAGCAGAGUCCUACUUAAAAACAACAGUGAUGAUAAUAACAUAAUGGACAAGCUGUGAAAGAUAGAGUACACCAAAUGGAAGGUUCUAUUGUCAUGGUUAAAACUCACUUCCUUUUCACGCAUUCUUUGUUUUCCCAUCUAUCUAGGGGAGGGGUCAUACCUUGGCUCUCAACCAUUGCUGGUCUGAAUUGAUAAAUGUGGACCAAGCAGAACAUGGUGAGGACAAUAUUAUUGGUUCUUCUCUUCCCAGUCCACUUUGUAGCUAAGUUCCAACAAUUACUUGCCUGAGGAUCAGAAAGUCAAUAAUGAUUACAAUUAUAAAUUAAAUCUUAUCCAUUGACUGCAGAUUGCUGAGGGACAGAAAUUAAAAUUAACUUUCAAAACAUGUUUCUUUUUGGGAUCUGUAACUUAAAGUGAGUGAUAAUAGUCACUUUGCAUUCUGAUUUUAGAUACAAAUAGUAGUCAUCGACUGGUCCUGUAGAAUCUCUUUAACACACCUGAUCUUUUAUGCCUUAAGGACAGUGUAGCUUCUUGCAAACACAAGACUUGCUGGUUAUACACUGAGAAUGUCUCAUUAGCAUUUCUUCAUUCGGGUCUUCCCCUAAUAAAUCUAGCAUGAGGACAAAUGGAUUCUGUGUUUAUUGAGACAGAUAUCCAAACCAAGUAUAAAGAGCUCCUGUUCAUGGCAUACAAUGAGAAUAUAGAAACUCAAUGUGGCCAAGUGAGACGUGUUUGUGGGGUUUGAAAUAUAACCAGCAGAACUAUCAGAAUCAUCAGUCUCUUUACCAAAACUUCCAACUGUUUGAUAUAUUGGUAACCAUUUGCAUAAAUGACUCUUUGGGUAAAACAAUAAUCUAUUGCCACAUUUAUUAAAAUUCCAACAAGACAAGGUUUUGAGAGCCAGUUUCUAUUUUAUUGCCCUACAGUGUGUUAAAUUGGCUGGCCUCAGUUGGAAUUCUAUUGAAACAUCAAAUUGAAUAGUAUGUUCUCUGACACCACUUUAAAAAGAUGGUGGUUCCCUAUGCCACAUCUAGACCAGAUUUUUUUGGGAGGAGCCAGCAUGCUCCAUUUUCGCUCCUUUUCCAUAAUACCAGGAGUGAUGUGGUUUAGCUUCCAACAUUCCACUUUACAUUGAUUGCUCCAAGUCAGCUGAAUGAUACCCUGCCCCAACAGAGUACCAUAGGUUAGCUUUACUUUUGCAUUAUAUGUGUCAUUUCUUGAUUACCUAAAUGUAAAAUUGACAAAUGAAUUCUUCAGAAAAUUCUAUUUAUGGCUGAGAUUUUGGAAAAUGGUCAAACAUACAACUUUCUGGUCAGUGGAAGUCAUCGUCAACGUGGAUCUCUUUAUUAGUACAAUUGCCCUCUCCUGAGUCCUCCACUAUCACUUCCUUCAGACUGAGCUGCAUGCUUUUCCUUUGUCAGUGCUGAGGAAACAUGGGAAUACAUUGAGUAUGGGACAGUGUCAGUGAUUUCCUUCCUGCCACAAAGGGAAAGAAGCUGCUUAGGCCAGAUAUUCCACUUCGCGGCACACAGCGAGAAUGAGGAAAACUCGGUGUGGCCAAGCAAGUGAGGCGUGUUUGUGGGGUUUAAAAUAUAACAACCAGAGCGAUCAGAAUCAUCAGUCUCUUUACCAAAAUUCCAACUGUGAUAUGUUGGUAACCUUUUGCUUACAUGACACUCUGGGUAAAACUAUAAUCUGUUGCUACAUUUAGUUUGAUAGGUUUUGAGAGCCAGUUUCUAUUUUAUAGUCCUUGGAGACCACACCAUUCUCUGUUUAUAAAUCAUUUUAAACCAUAUGACUUUUGAUAACAUGCACUAUACACGUUUGGAGGAUUAAAAGCCCAAUUGUUUUUCUCUUUCUCAUCUGAUGGACCUGCCCCAAGGCCACAUCAUUGAAUUAUUUUCAGGCUAAUGUCACAGCUAAAUUUUUAAGUGGGCGGUGGCUGCCAAGGGGGCACUCCCUGCAUUUACCAGUUUGGUGAAUCCGUUUGCAACUGCGCCCGUAUGUGAGAUCUGCUCAGAAAGAACUCAGAGCUAGGGAUGGAAAUGGUGUCAGGGCAGUUCAGCAACCCCACCUGAUUUAACAAAAAUCUUUUUAAAGCAACAGCGUAACUUUUCUAAGUAGGCAACCGACACCAAGAAACUACAUUUUAUUUCACACACUUCGCCAUCAAAAUCAUAAUUGAACUCCUCUGACUGCUAUAGGGUCUGAUUUGAAUAUUUAAAAUGGAUUCGGUUUUGGGUGAGAGGUCCUGCUCUUUAAAAAGUCUGAUUUGUGAAAAGGGUGUAAGGUUUUCCUAUCCCCAAUAUGAUAUAGAGAGAUUAAUGAUACAGCCAGACACAUAGCAGAUGAAAUUUAACAAAGUGAAUAUGAACUGAUAUGUUUUAGUAGGACGGAUAGUGAGAGGCACUAUAAAGUCAAUGGUGUGGUUCUAUAGGGUUGUGGGAAUAAGAGAAUUGAGAAUUUUGCAUUAAAAAAACUUUGAAGGUGGGAGAACAAAUUCCAAAAAGGGUAAAUGGGAUCCUUAGCUUUAUUAAUCAAAAGCAAGGAGAUUAUGCUUAAACUCUUAAAUAACACUGAUUAGGCUUCAGGUGGGUGUGCUGUAUUCAAUUCUGGGCCUGCAAGAAAGCCCUAAAGAGACUUCUUUCAAUUAUAUGGAGAAACUGGUUUGCCUUCCUUAGAACAAAGAUCAUUAAGAGAAAAAAAAACACAGAAAGCUGCAAGUGCUCAGGCAGGAUCUGAAGAGAGAAGCAGAGUUAACAUUUCAGGUCAGUGAGUUUUUGUCAAAACUGGGACAUAGUUCUGAUGAAAGGCCAUUUGACCUGAAAUGUGUCUCUGCUCAGACAUUGCCUGAUGUGCUGUUUGAUUCCUAGUUUUUAUUUUAGACUUUCCGAGUCGGAAGCUAUUUUGCUUCAAGAUUAAGAAAUUUGAUAAAGUUAUUCAAAAUCACGAAGGACUUUAUUAGAGGAUUACGUAGGUUUGUAUAGGGUUUCAUUCACUUGUAGCACAACAAUAAUGAUAGCCUCUGAAAUGCCAGUGAAGGUUUAUCAACUGCUCCCAGCCCUAAGUCAGAUGCCUCUGUUGUUCCAAAUGCAGGAAAGGUAUUUCCUUCACUUGCAUUGAUCACAAUUGAUGCUGUCAGCUUCUGAGAGAAGUCAGUCACUUUGUAAUAGGUGAGAAAGGAGCAUAGUAUAUCUUCACAUUAUUUGAUUCCACCAAAACAUCAGUGCAGGGGAUGGGAAUUGGAGCCACUUUUUAGUUCUUCAAGAGCUGAUCAGUACUCUGCUGGUGGACUGAAUAUAUGCCCUGCAGAUAUGCUUUAUUUCAUCCAAACCACCCAAACCACUUAAUAAGGGCCGCUUACUGGGAAGGAGCAUUGCUUCAUAAACAUGCAUUCUGUUAUUUCCCAGAUAAGCUUAGUAAGUUGAGGAACUUUCAUAAAGUAAGGUUAUCUUCUUUAAAAAUAAUACUAAACGUUCAAAUUCUUUUGAGUUUCAGUUAUGGAACAAUUGCACAGGCUGGAUGCUGUGCUGUUUUGAAGACGUUAUUGCAAAAGUUGAAAUACAUUUAAUUUCCACCAUAUUCUUCAGUAAUGAUUGUAUAAAACACAUUGUGAUUGGAGCACCCAGACUGAAGCAUAAUCAUUCUAACAUAGACAUCAGAUUUUUUUUAAAGGGUGCUAAAUAAAUCAUCUUGUAUUGUUUUUUAUAACAAUUUUUUUAAUGUUUUAUUUCUUAAUUGAAUGUUGAUUCUGUUUUGAUUAAUAAGACAAAUGAAAUGAUCAGAUCCAAUGUGAUACAUAAUCAGUGAAAUAAUGCUCCUAAACAUCAAUACUUUUCUAACUCGGUGAAAACUCUAACUCAUGGGUAGAAAACUAUUUGAAGACCAAUGCCCAGUAUUCUGCACAAUAAAAUGAUGUUUAGGAGUUACCUGUGAAAGGUAAAGGCAAUACCUAACCAAUGGUGAGUUUGUUGUACAAACCGGAACACCCCGAAGUAUAAUCCCCAAUCUGUGCUGAUUUGAUUAAGUUUGAUUGCGGUUGUUUGGGCAGCUUCAAAUGACUUUUAUUUCAUUUGGUUGGGGAAGUGUAAAAAUGCAGUUCUGAUUCAUGAUCUGCUGGAAAAUGUGUGCAAAUGCGAAUGUCAGUUCUAAUACUUUCUACAAUUAGGCAGUUUGCUAGCGUUCGCUAUCUGGGCUAAUGAUGAAAAACUGGCUGAGAUGCCAUGAGGACAGCCAGCAACCAUUGAUUCAUCCAGCAUCAAUCAGCAACUUUAAGACAAGUGGGGAGAGGGAAAAACAGAAAAAAAAAUGUUUAUGAUAUAUAUUUCUAAACCUAUUUAAUUUAAUCUCAAUAGAUUCUAAAAAAUAUUUGAGAAUUCCAAGCAUGUUGCUAAACAUGGCUGGAAUAUUAUUUUAGUCAUUUGGUGUGUUAGGUUUUAACAAGUUAGGUGAAUAAAUAUGUGUCACAUUGUAAUUGCUAUGUACUUAAAGAAUAAAUGGUGUUGCUAUGGGAAAUUCUUGAUAUUUAACAAUUUUUAAAA